CCGCGGCGAAGUCGUGAGGGGGGGGACAUGGCGGCCGCUAUGUGGUGAAGCUGCCUAGGAAACUGCGGCGGUGUGCGUGUGCUCCGCGGCCUGGGAAAACUAUGAGAGCUCCGGGGGUUCCGUUCAUGACUAGGCCCGAGAGGAGGCUCUGGAGGACGCUUGGUGACAGCGGCGGAGCGCAGUAAAGGGGACGCCUCGGUGUGUGUCAGGCUCCGGGUCACGGCUGAGACUCCCCCCUCCUCCCGUCCUCGGGGAGAGGGACGCCGUGUGUAACCGGCUGAGCGUGCCCGCUGGGCCUGGGGGAGCGAUGCUACGUACGGGUAGACACCCGCUGGGCCUCGGACUCUUGGUCCUCCUGACUCUGGGGCGAGGACAGGCGGCUCCACUUCCGGAAACAGGUGCAGAUGUUACAAGCAGUGAUGUCCCUCUGUCCCUUGUGCUGCUGUCUGUCUGCAGUUUUGUGGCUUUGGUUCUGCUGCUUAUAAGCUGUAUAUCCUGCUGCAAAGAGAACGACAUAGAUUUCAAGGAGUUUGAAGAUCAUUUUGACGAUGAAAUUGACUUUACCCCUCCUGCUGAAGACACGCCAUCCAACCAGUCUCCUGCUGACGUUUUCACAUUAAUAGUCCCUACAGUCUCUUUGUCUGUUCCAACUCAGUUGCAGACUCCUCAAGAUGCGUCAAAGUUCCAGAUUGCCCGCCACAGCCUGAGCUACAUUCAGGAGAUUGCUAAUGGCUCGUUUGGCAAGGUACUGUUGGGCGAGAUCUUGAGAGACAACAGCGUGGCAAGAGUGAUUGUAAAAGAACUGCGAGCAAGUGCAAGUAGCAAGGAGCAGGAUCAGUUCAUUAAAAAUGGCGAGCCGUACAGCUACCUGCAUCAUCCGAAUAUUGUGCAGUGUGUUGGGCAGUGCCUGGAGACUUUGCCCUACCUCACGGUAUUUGAGAUAUGUGACUUGGGUGACCUGAAGACCUAUUUAAGUAACGAGAAGGGGAAACUGAAUGGAGAGACAGAGAUCGUGCUGCUCCAGCGCAUGGCGUGUGAAAUUGCUGCCGGCCUGGCCGUCAUGCACAAACACAAUUUUGUACACUGUGAUGUGGCCUUACGAAAUUGCUUUGUGACAUCUGACUUAACUGUAAAAAUAGGAGACUACGGUAUAGGAUUCAGUCGGUAUAAGGAAGACUACAUGGAGACCUCUGAAGAGAAGUUUGUCCCAGUAAGGUGGACAGCGCCAGAGUUGGUAACGUCAUAUCAAGAAAGAGUAAUAGUUGCAGAUCAGACCCGUGCCAGCAAUAUCUGGUCUCUCGGUGUGACACUCUGGGAGCUCUUUGAUGACUGUGCCACUCCUUAUGCUGAACUUUCAGACAAUGAAGUCUUAACUUAUGUUAUCAAAGAGAAAGAAGUUAAACUUCCUAAACCUCAACUUGAACAGCCAUAUGCAGACAGAUGGUUUGAAGUCUUGCAGUUCUGUUGGCUACCUCCAGACAAGAGACUGACGGCAGAAGAAGUGCACAGACUACUGACAUACCUCCGGAUGCAAAGCCAAAGGGAGACAGAAGCGGACUUUGAACAACGCUGGAAUUCUCUUAAACCAAACACGAACAAUCGGCAGCCUGCCGUGAAUAACUUGGCAUUUCCUAUCUUGGAUAACUUCAACGGCGAUGAAUUGGGCCGCGAACUGGACGAGGUUCUUACAGUGACUGAAACUAGCCAGGGGCUCAGCUUUGAGUACGUGUGGGAGGCAGCCAAAGAGGAUCAUUUUGAAGAGCACAGUCACUCAGACUCGGACACUGCAGUCAACUAUAAUAGCCUCUUCUUCCCUGUACCCGUAGAUGUUUUUCAGAAGUCUGUGUUGGAAUCGGAACAAGGCAAGCCGGGGCACCCUAGCAGAGAAGAUACCUUUCCUAUACCGGAGGUGCUUCCGGUUUUUGAUUCCCACAAUGCUUCUGUAGCUAACGAUUAUUACAUCCGCUUGGAAGAGCAAGGUGAAAGCAGGUUAGACUUCGAUAGCCGCAGCGGUCACAAAGAACGGAAGAAUGAAAAUCUACAGUUCAUUGCUCUUACUGAUCUUCGUUCUGCAGGAGCCAGUAAAAAUAACAAUUGCUCAUCAUCAGUAUCCAAUAAAUCAAGUAUUCCUGAAUACCUUCAUGUUUUCAAUCGCCCAGAUUUUCCACUCCAGAAACCUGAAGACCAUGUUGAGCCAUCAGACAAUCGAUCCAUUGAUGUGUCUUUUUCUGACUUUACAAAAAAAAGUUACGGACGGGUUGAUCAUGAAUCGCCUGUGACUGAUUUUUCAAAAAAGGGGGGGCAGCAUCUUUUUGACCCAAAUACUUUCCUCUUUGACAGUAUUUCGGAUACAAGUUUAGGCUUGGCCGAACUGGAAGAACUCUCGGACAAUUUUUUCUUCUUGCAAGAGAAAAAUCUAUUGUCUGACCACCCCACUUCAUUGCAGGGUAAGGUUGGGUCAAAGAACAUUUUUGAAAAUACUAGUAAUUUGGACAUUGAGCUCACACUGGCAGAACUCGAUAAUUCCUUCCUAAACUUCUCAAGUGAAGUGUUGACAGGCAAACAGGAAAAUGCGCAAAUAACUGACUUAGAAAAACCAGGUUUUGCUGCCCAUGAGGAUUUUCUGAAAGAAUUAUCAACGAACCCUCGACUUUCUGGAAAGGAACUUGAAAGCACAGCCGGAGGUGUCCUCUUAAAUCAAGCUGAAGACGUCAAAAUUCAACCCGACGAAUCAAGACUUUCCAUAGCAGAUAUGGAGAGUAUUGAUCUGUACAGAUCCUUUGGUCAUGUUAGCGCUGAUAAGGUCCAUGGUGAUGUCACACAUAAUGAUCAAGUCAGUCCUGAGCCUGUGCAUGAACUUUCCACAAUAGAUGCUUUAAAAUCUGGAGAACAUGUCAACGGGGAUCUUAAUAGAAGUCCACUUCUUGUAAAUACUUCUACUUCACUGGAUUCAACCAGUCAAGACAGCUUGUUAGAUUAUAGUGUAUCACACUGUUCGCAGUCCUUAGUACCAUCUGUCGGGACUCCUGACUCUUUAGACUCUUUGGAUGUUCAAAAUAUUUUAGAGGGCGACGAAUCGCACAAAUUCACACCAUCUGACAAACCUGCUGAUAGCGGCUACGAGACGGAGAACCUUGAGUCUCCAGAGUGGACCUCACAUGCAAAUGACUCGUCAAGCCAUUCUGUUGCCAAUUCAAAAGUGUCUUCCUUUGCAGCACCUGUCAUCAUAAUAUCAGAAGUAGACAUAAAUGAUGAAGAACUCGAUAUUAAACUGCCAAAAUCGAUCAAUGGCGGUAACAGUUCUUAUCGAGACUCCGCUUAUUUCUCUGACAACGAUUCAGAGUCGGAAAAGAAGCUUGAUGUGUCAGAAGUCAAAGCCAUCGAAAAUGAAGAAACAAGUUUACCAUCAGAGAGCGACGCACUGGAAGAGACGACUAGACGCUUUCCUAGGAAGGUCCUGGUCCCGGAUGAGCGGGCUUUGAAUUCAGACCAUUCUGAGCACAUUUUACCAGUUUCACCAGCUGAAGACAUCACAUCUGAAAACGAAGAGGAGAUUGUAAAUCCAUUUGGUCCUUCUGAAGUAUUCUGCUCGGUGAACGCCAUCAAAGGGCUGCCAUUUUUGAGCCACAGUGAAGGACAGAAACUUAAAGAGCCCGAUAUGGAGGGGAAAUACCUUGGAAAGCUUGAUGCUUCUGGCCUGAUUGACUUAUCGGAGGAUGGAAUGGACGCGGAUGAGGAGGAUGAAAACAGUGAUGAUUCAGAUGACGAUAUAAGAGCCUUUAACCUCCAUAGCUUCAGCUCUGACAGUGAUGACGACACAGUUCAUCCAGUGCCUGUUGUGCACAUGGAAAGAGACGAUGGGAAAAACCUAAAAAGCCUCAUUAAAGCGCGCAAACCUGCGGCAGGCAAGCAGGAGCGGAGAAGCAGGAAAGCGGUUUCCUUUUUUGAUGAUGUUACCAUCUACCUAUUUGAUCAGGAAACCCCAACCAAAGAACUAGUAUCUCGAGCGGUGGACACCAGCAGUCAAAUGUCCAGUAACAGCAGUCCUAUCUCUCCAUCUGCUCCCGGAUAUAGAUUUACAAAUUCUGAAAGCUCUACUGAUGAAGAAGGUGGUGGUUUUGAAUGGGAUGACGACUUUACAUCUACUGAGCCAGCUUUUAUCAGCAAACCACCAGCAAACCCAGUUGGCUCCAAGCUGUCUGUCAAUCCAUCGAAAUACUUCUCCCCUCCUCCACAGCCUCGGAGUCCUGAUGAGAGCUGGACGAAUGCACCUGCACCCUUUUAUUCAAGAUUCUCCAUUUCUCCAGCAAACCUAGCAAAUUUUUCUCUCACGCAUCUAACAGACUCUGACAUGGAGCAGGGUGGCAGCAGUGAAGAUGGCGAGAAAGACUGACGCUGAACUACUGCUAAAAACGCUUUAAGUGGAGGACGUACGUGCAAUGUUAUCUCUUUACAAGAGACUCGGGGACAUGUGCCGCAUGUAAAAUGUAAAAACUGUGUAAAUGACUAUUGUGCAACCCGAUUCAUCAUCUCCACUCCUCCAGCCAUGCUCGACGCCCCCUCCCCCCGGUACUACUGCCGUCAUAUAUGUAAACGCAGUUUCGGGACUGGGAACUCUACAUCUUUUUGUACCUGAAUAGUGUGUAAUUUGCAGGAUGUGUACAUACAGGUAUAUAACUCUAUCUCCAGUGUCUGUGCUCAUGUGACGAUAAGUGCAUAAGUGACAGUGUCUCCCAUGACGUUUAAAACACAAUGUAUUGCUUAUUAUUGCACUGUAAUGUUUCUUGCAUAUCUAUAUCUGUACAGAAUUUUUUAAUUAAGAGGAAAAAAAACACUGCUUGUUAUAAAUUUUAUCUGUAUGAAUGUGUUGAUAUUUGGUCUUUGCAUUGUACACUGUGUAAUAAGCUGCUGCCGGGACUCGAGCUCAGUCUCUUGUAUGCUGUACUUUUUUUUUUCUUUUUGAACAGCAAUACUUCCUUCUUAGUUUCAGGUUUGGGAUCUCCUUUCCUCGUCUUAUAGGAAUAUAUCGUGUGCGGACACUCUGUGGCGUUUACUAAGCGGAUAGUGCAGUGUUAGCACCUGUAAUACCAGUACUAGUUCUAGGAACGGGUUGGAUCACGACAACCGCUAGUUCUGUUACUAGUGUCAUGAUUCUUGUUGCAUGCUGCAGAGUUUGGUGAGUUUUGACGUUUAACAGGUCAGUGCUCCUGACAUGUCUGUUUUAGCAAAUACUGGUAUUAUCCCCAAAAGAACACUUCCAGAGCAUUUUUUUUUCUUAGAACUCAGUGUUGUGCCUCAUUUAUUCCUUUUGGAAAUGUGUAAAUAAUUUUUGACAACUGAGGUUUACUAUUCUCCCUGUCCAAAGGAGGCUCAUCCGUACCUACACUGACCCUGUGUUUGGACGUUGUCAUAUUGACUAGGGACACAUCCUAUCUUCAGGGAGAAUGGUUACGCCCAGUUGUCUAUUAUUCCCUCCUGAAAAUGAAUAGAGGAAUGGCUCAAUGCAGAGUAUUUAGGUGGUUGCACACUAAAAAAUGUUCCCCCAAAAAUAUUUAUUUUCUCAGGCGUUUUCACAUAGACUUCUCCAUACUUCUCUACAUUUUUUUUUUUUUUUUUUUUUUAAAGGAUGUAAAAAUUGCUUGUUAAAAAGCUAAAUAAACACACACAAACCUGAAUGCAAGCAUCCACCCAUACAAGAUCUACUGAAACAGAUAUGUCAGGAAAGCUGGCAAGGACUUUUUAAAUCUUCUAUUAUCCUCUAGGCCUAGUUCACAUGUUGCAAUUAUUGUGGCGUUUUGCCCUUUUUUUUUUCUUAAAUGCAAAAUUUGCAUGAGAAACAAAAGGAGCAAAGUGCAAAACCUUCAUUAUAAAACUGUUGCUCCACAACACUAACAAAGUUUUGGAAACUAGGUCCCUUUGUUAUAGAGAAAUGACGUUGAGUGAGGGCAUACGUACCAUAGAGGCAGGCCAUGCAGUUGCCCAGUCCUGUUGGGGAAUUAGAUCAUGAAAAGAGCCUUAAAGGGAUUGUGCAAGAAUGGGCAUAAUGUGACCAUUUGUCGUGAUGUAAGGGAAGCCGGUCACCGCUGAGGCCCGUGAUUGGCUGCAGCCGUGUCAAACCGGAUGUUUGCAGCAAGGGAGCCCAGCGGAGCAUUGCAGACUGGGAGGAGAAGGAUCAGGGAGCCAGCGAUGGGACGCAGGUAAGUCUGGUCAAGUAGGAGAGUUUGACAAAACCCUCUCCCCAUUCUUGCACAACCCCUUUAAAUGUGACACAAACACCAGGUGCCAGGACAGCUAAACCAGGGACCAUAAUGGAAGUCCCAUUUGCUAUGUAUACCACUGGAAUUGAGUUUAAUUCCCUCUUCCCAUUUCGGCCACAUUCACACAGUUCACUAAACCUGCAUUGCUGGUUUUGGCUUGAAAAAGGUUGCCGCAAAUUUUUUCUGUGAUUCCGGACUUUUUUUUUUUCUGAUAAUCAUGUGGUUUAAUAAACUUGACUGACUUCUUCCAUGAUUGGAAUGGUCAUCUCUCUGCUGCUAUAGGGGACUACUAUUGUGAGCUAUGUUUUAUAUUUUGGUGUUUGUCUAAGCAUCUUGUGUAUUUUCUUUUUUGCUGCCCCUUUUGUCGGUGCGGAUCAUACUGCUGGUGUCAUUUGGAGUCUUUCUAUUUGUGAUGUAUUUUUGUGGUUUAUUUUAUGAUUAGUGCUGAUCAUGCUGGUCUUCUAGCAUCUGUGGUAUAAGACGUAGGGCUUUUUGAGUAAAAUGUAUAAAUGCAACCCUUACAUGUUGCUCCGAGAUUUAUUUUUUAUUUUUUUUCAAAACGGCUGUAUAGUGAGAUUGGUGGCAGUGGGAGAGUAGAACUUGUUCAGAUGAGCACUAUGAUUAAUAUAUGAAUAUAUUCCUGAGCAAACAUUGUCGUCUUGCAGUGUGAAUCAAAAAUGCAAUAACUUUGCAAAUAUUAAUUAAAAUUCCCUACCGCCCUGUGUCUACAUCUCCUCUGCAGGCCUAUGUGUCUCAGUGGUAAUCUGAUCCUGUAGUCUUACUCCUAUCUGUGCCUAACUGCUUGCUAGCUAAGCAAAUGGAAAAAUAGGGGAAUAGAUGGGAGUGUAGCAGCAGGGUCAGACUACAAAAGGCUUGCUUGUAGUCUGUAACCGUAGAUGCACAUAGGUCUGAAUAGGAGCUGUAGACACAAAACAAGAAGAUUCUAUUUUUUCAUUUUAAAUGCUUUGGAGCAGUGAAUAAAGACAAGAUGUAUAUGUGCUAUUAUAGAGCAAACCAAAGUCUUAAGGCUCCCGUACACCUUAGGGUAUUGAGGCCAAGAACGGCAGGUUCUGUCAGCAGUCUACUAAGCAGGGGGCUCCUAACUCUUUUCCCUGACUAUGAUCGUCAUCGGGGGAGUGAAGUAUCGGGCAAACUGAUAAUUUUCAAUUGAUCCUGUUGUUCUUCCGGGAGAGAUGCUGCCACCAGAAAUGUCCAGCAACCGCUUUCUCCCCUUUAAAGGCACUUUCGGCUCAGCCGAAGGUGUAUGGGGGAGCCCGAAGGGAGCCAGGAUAGAUAGCUGUCAGCCGUACGAUCACUGGCCUACAGCUACUGUAAGUGUAUGGCCGCUAUAACUGUCCACUACUAGGAAAUCCUGUCCUGCUAUAUAUGGACUAUGCGUGCACCCAUCAGUCACAUGAAUAGGACACUAAAGAGGCACGAUUUGGGGGUGGAGGGGGGGAUGUUGGAGGUCUGCUUGGUGGCCCCUGUAUUGCCCACCACUAGGUCUGGGUGUUGUCCCAGGUUAUAAAUGUAGUGCAACGGUUUCUCUGACCAGUCCAACACCAUUAUGACUAUGACUGCUACUGUGUUUGUUUUGUGACUGCGUAAAUGUAAAGGAUAUUUUGCAAAUUAUAGCUGUGAAGGUAUUAAAGGAAUGCUAAACACAGUGCACAUAAAAAAUAUUCCGGCUAAUCUUCCCUUAGUCUAGGGCUGCAUUGUGACUGAUGAUGAUGCAUGUCGGACGGCCCAAGGUUGCAGUAAUGCUGCCUGUAACGCAAAUAAAGAAAGUAAAAUGGGGCACUUUACGAUCAGCAGGUUUCGAUUCUCUUGCCACUGUUCUCUCAUUGGCCACUUGCAGGUUUAAACACGAUCCCAGUCACUGUCAUUAGUUGCAAUGCAGCUAGUCGGCGUGUAGACCUAGCCUCAACGUUCUUCUUUCCUUGGAGCCUAUUUGUCUGAUAAUACAAUUAUAACUGAGAAAUGUAUAAACACAUUUGGCUGAGCCAUGCCCCCUCACCCCCUGACUGUCCUGUGUCUGGCUGCAGCAGGAGCCUCUCCCAUGUCUGUAGUACGACAAAACAAAACUAAGAUUUACCUAAAAAUGAACUCUUUAAUCCCUGCAUUCUCAGUAGUCUGACUGACAACAGUACGGGCACCUAGGUUUCUUUACUUUCAUCAUUUUCUAGGUUUAGUGUUCUUUUAAUGUGAUUGUGAUUUCUCUUUUACCUUUUCCACAUAUGUACAAUGUAAAAUGCAAUAACGAAGAAAAUGUGUUUGCCCCCUUUUUAGAUUCUAUCUAUAUAUGGAUAAAUAUCUAAUAAGACUUCUCCGGGUAACUUAUACAGAAUUCUAUGUGUGUAUGGAAUUCUUUUUUUUUUUUUUUCCCCCAUGUUGAUGGAAUAUAAUAUUUUGUCCCUGCGCCAGCGUAAACCAGAAUGCUGCUUCUUGUAGACGUCUUCCGAAAUCCUGUUUUGUGAGACUGAGGUAAUGUUAAGUGAUACACUGCAAAAGAGAGCUGUAAAUUUUAUUUCUUUCCUCGGAAACAGUGCCACGUAUGUCUGUUGGCUACUUCUGGUAUUGCAGCUUGACCCCAUUCACGUAAAAACUGCUGAGCUGCAAUUCUAGUCACAGCCCAUGGACAAGAAUAGUGCUGUUUCUGGAGGCAUACCAAGCCGCGUUUUUCGUAUAUCUUAAAGAUGCCUGUACAGACAUCAGCUGGAAGGUACAUUUGCACUGACCAGAAGUGUCUGUAUAGGGUGCGCAAUUUAGCACGUGCAUACACCUCCUACUUAUUUUGAGAGAUUGGUGUUUCCCUUUCAAAGGACAUCUGUCAGCCAGUGUCCUAGGGACAAAUCUGCUGACAGAAGCCCUUUAACAUCAGUUCACACUCCAACGGUGAUGUUCGCUGAUCUUGUACAUUAAUUAUAUAUUUUUUUUUUUUUAUCCUACUCUUCGAGGCAGUAGAAAAUAAAUUAAAAUGUGUUCCCUUGUAACACAUAGGAAAAAAAAGCUAAAGUCCACAGCAAGUAGCAUUUCUGUACUAUCGGCCAUACGCAGGUUUUCGACAAUGUACCUCUUUUGGUUCCAAUCUCUGCACUGAUCUCGUUUCCUAUAGUAACCAGCAAAGUGCAAUCCUUCAGUAUUUCUAAUUGUUAUUGUACCUUGAAUCCUGCGAGAAAUAUGAGAUUAAAGCAUGUCGAUUUAUUUAGCAUCCAGCUGUAAAGCACUACCUUGUACUGAAUAUCCAGUAUGCGUGCGGAUAUUAAACGGGGGAUUAGGCUUGGACACUUUUGUAAAUUGCCUUAACUCAAGUAUCCUGUACGCAGUGGGUGAUGUUUUUGGGUUUUUUUUUUUUUGUUGUUUUGGUUUCCGUUUCAAGGCAAUGUAAGCAAAUUUAUAAAUGUUGUAGCGACUGUCUACUAUAUUAACUGGGAAAACCGGACUUGAAUUCCAGUGAUUCUGCUGAUCCGAUUGUGUUGCCUUGCACAACGACUGUAUAUACAGAAGAGUGAUGGGUGUGCAAUCUCCUAUAUGACAGGGAGAGGGGACAGGCUGCAGGAGAUUGUUUUCCUCCUAAUUUACUUAAAGUAUGUCAGGUCGACGGCAAUAUCUUUGAUGAAUUUCCUCAUGUAAUGGUCUUUAAAUGGUGUACAUUUUUUUUAAUUUGUAAAAUUUUUACUGUACAUUUGAUUCUCAUGCCUAGUGUGAUUCCAACUGCUUGUAAUUUAAAACACUAUUUAAUAUUCAGAAUAAAAGCUAUAUAUUUAUAACC